CUGUCAAGUUGGUAGAAGUUCAGUGAAAAUGUCAAAUCGAAAAUAUUACGAAAUUAUCGAAAUAAAUUAAGAAACAACAACAAAUGGAAAUAUGUUCGCCAAAGUCAUUCGCUUUGGGUUGUUAGCGAACAAAUAUUAUAAACCAAUAAAAACAACCGAUGUAGCUCCAUUAUUGUGCGCGUCCCCCAGCCAACAAAUACAAUGCAGGGAAUAUAAAAAUUUCGGACACAAAACCGAAAAGGAAUCGAGGUUUACGAAGGUCUACUUCACAUUUCUCCUGUUGGGACUCAUUGGCACGUCCCUGGAUUGGGGAUGGAUCAGAAGUCAGUUGCCAAAAGUCAAAGCUGAGGCACCUCCAGAAAACGGGAGCAUUGGUGGUGAAAGUCAAUUAGAUGAGAAUGUCGAAGAGGAGGUUAAGAAAAAGAAACACCGUCGCGAGAAAAUCGGUUUCAGGGACCGAAAGAUAAUUGAGUAUGAGAAUCGCAUAAGGCACUAUUCAACACCAGACAAGGUCUUUCGCUACUUUGCCACGCUCCAGGUCCAGGGUGCAACCGUCGACCAGCAUGAGAUUUACAUGACGCCCGACGACUUUCUCAGAUCUAUGACGCCCGGUCUCAAGCAACCAGAUGGUUUGGGUUUGGAUCAGUACAGAAGAUACGAUCCUAAGCACGGUAUGCAGACGGUUCAACAAAAAUUAGAACUUACUUUAGAUGAGGACAGUAUAUUUUAUAAAUUAGGAAGCUCUGGAUUGAUAACAUUUUCCGACUACAUCUUCCUGCUGACGGUUCUUUCCACAUCGAGACGUCAUUUCGAAAUUGCCUUCCGCAUGUUUGAUCUGAAUGGCGACGGCGAUGUGGAUUGUGAGGAGUUCGAGAAGGUUGCCACCUUAAUUCGACAACAGACUAGCAUUGGGUCCAGACAUCGUGAUCACGCCAACACUGGAAAUACCUUUAAAGGUGUAAAUUCAGCGUUGACCACUUACUUCUUCGGCCCCAAUUUGAAACAGAAACUUACAAUUGAGAAGUUCCUGGACUUCCAAGAAAAACUCCAGAGGGAAAUUUUGAGUUUGGAGUUCCAGAGGAAGACGCCGGACGAAAAUGGUAAUAUAACUGAAGCCGACUUUACGGAGCUUCUGUUGGCUUAUGCCGGUUACCCUCAGAAGAAAAAGGCCAGGAUGUUGAAAAGGGUGAAGAAAACUUUUAGAGAUCAUGGCAAAGGCAUUUCCAAAGAAGACUAUUUAAACUUUUUCCACUUUCUAAAUAACAUCAAUGAUGUCGACACAGCCUUGACCUUUUAUCAUAUCGCUGGAGCAUCAAUCGAUCAGCCAACUUUAAAACACGUAGCCAAGACUGUAGCACAUGUAGACCUCAGCGACCACGUGAUACAUGUUGUGUUCACAAUUUUUGACGAAAAUCAGGAUGGUCAACUGAGUAACAAAGAAUUUAUAGCCGUAAUGAAAAAUCGACUUUUAAGAGGUCUCGAGAAACCAAAGGAUACUGGAUUCGUUAAAUUUAUGCAGUCAAUUCUGAAAUGUGCUAAAGAAACGAAACCUGCUUUGUUAGAUAUUUAAGUAUUUUACGUUUGACUUUCGAAUAUUGGAUUGUUGUAUUUGUUUUUUAAAUUUUUAGUUAUACUCCUACUUACGUUUAUGUGCUUUAUAUUUUAAGUUUUAAAUAAACAUUGUUACCAGUA